UGGGGGCGACGCGGGGCCUCUGGUCCAGGGGGUUCGCAGCUAAAAUACCCAGACAUUAUUUUUUCCCGCGGCUUAAAGCAGCCAAUCAGCGCGCGCGGCGCCCGGUUGCCUGGUGUCGUUAGCAAGCGGGAAGUAUGGCGGCGGCGAGGAACGAGGCGGCUACGUUGGCUGUGGGAGCCAGGGAAGGUUCGGUAGUUAAUUGGUCAGGUCAGGGGUUGCAAAAGUUGGAUCCAACAUUACCCUGUGAUGCUGACAUUCAUACUCUAAUUCUGGAUAAAAACCAAAUAAUUAAACUGGAACACCUGGAGAAAUGCAAGAACUUAAUGCAGCUGUCAGUAGCCAACAACCGACUUGUAAGAAUGAUGGGUGUGGCAAAACUGACUCAGCUCCGAGUACUAAACUUGCCUCACAACAGUAUUGGUUAUGUGGAGGGGCUGAAGGAUCUGGUGCACUUGGAAUGGCUAAACCUGGCAGGAAAUAACCUUAAGACCAUAGAUCAGAUCAAUAGCUGCUCAUCUCUUCAACAUCUUGAUUUGUCAGACAACAAUAUACCUCAAAUAGGAGAUCUCUCCAAGCUUUUGUCUCUAAAGACUCUGCUGCUGCAUGGAAAUAUUAUAACCUCACUUCGUAUGGCACCUGUUUGCCUACCUCAGAGUCUGACUAUUCUCUCUUUGGCAGAAAAUGAAAUCAGAGACUUAAAUGAGAUUUCUUUCUUGGCUUCCUUUCCUGAGUUGGAGCAGUUGUCAAUUAUGAACAACCCUUGUGUGAUGGCCACACCUUCUAUUCCUGGAUUUGACUAUCGGCCAUACAUUGUCAGCUGGUGUCUGAAUCUUAAAGUUCUGGAUGGAUAUGUGAUUUCUCAGAAAGAGAGUUUGAAAGCUGAAUGGCUUUACAGUCAAGGUAAAGGACGAUCAUAUCGACCUGGCCAGCAUGUUCAGUUAGUCCAGUAUCUGGCCACUGUUUGUCCUCUUACCUCUACAUUUGGUCUCCAGACUGAAGAGGAUGCCAAACUGGAAAAAAUACUGAGUAAGCAGAGGCUCCACCAGAAGCAGUUGAUGUACCAAAGCCAAAAUGAAGGGCUGCCUACAUCCUCUACUCCCAACAAAGUGGUGCCUGCUACGUAUGAACACAACAGUCCAACCCAAGGGCCCCAGAUAACUUUUGAAAGUGAACCUGUUAUCCAAAGGAAUUCUUGGGUUGGGCCAGGCUCCAGUGAUGACCAUUCCUAUGCAGUUAAGAAUGUCUUUCCAGCUUCAGUGCAAGCUGAAAGAAGCUGUCGCAAGGAACUGUACCUGGAGGACAUACAGACUGAUGAGGACAAACUGAACUGCAGCCUUCUGUCCUCAGAGUCUACUUUUAUGCCAGUUGCUUCAGGACUGUCUCCAGUAUCUCCCACUACAGAAUUAAGGCUACAUGGAAUCAAUUUGAACCUAGAAGAUGAUGAUAAUACAGUGAUUGUAUUUGUGAAAGAGGUCAAUAAAGAUGAGGAUGAUAACAAGCAGGAAAAGACUUCUUGGGUUACAAAAGAGUUUUCCAUCAAAGCAGCAGAAACUGUGGAAACUCAAGAGGAAGAUAAUGAGGAUGGAAUAUUGCCUUCCCCUAGUCCAGCAACAGUCACUGCUAACCCAACUGCUAAUAUUAAUGACUGUUUAGCAUCUUCUGUUGACCAAGAUCUGUGCAGCGACCUCAAGCCACCAUUAACGGAUGAUGAACCAUUAAUUAAAAAUCUUUAUAUUAACCAAACUAUAGAGAGAAAUUCUACUGAUGCAUCAGCUGCUGUUGACCAAGAUGCUGAACUUCAAAGAAUGAACAAAGCGGCCAUCAAGCUUCAGGCCUGCUGGCGGGGAUUCCACACCAGAAACUACCAUCCCAGAGCCAAGGAAGUGCGUUAUGAAAUUCGGCUAAGCAGAAUGCAAGAGCAUAUUGUUUUCUUAACUGAUGAAAUAAGAAAAUUAAAAAAAGAAAGAGAAGAAGAGAAGAUUCAAAAACUUGUACAAGAGGAGGCUGUCAGAUACCUUUGGAACCAGGUUAGAUCCCUUCAGCAGUGGCAACUUUCAGUGAACCAAAAUCUUAGCACUUGGCAGCAUGGUGUUUCUGCAUCAAGUACUUUGUGUCCAUCCAAACUAUCUGUCCAGUCAUCCGGGCUCAAUCAAGAAACCUCUCCUGUUGGUAGUUCUAGCUGGUUGGCUUCAGCUACUGAAGCUCUUCAUGAGAAAACUUUAUCUGAGUUCCCAGACUCUGGCUUUCACUCCUCCAUAACUGACCAAACUCACGUUAAUGACUCUCGUGGCUCUGAAAAGAGUUCCACAGAAGGAAGUGAGAGCUCUCUGAUUGGGAAUUCUAUAGAAACAGUCAAACAGUGUGGCGAUCCUGUCUCAGAAUGUAUUUCAGAUACAGAGGAUGUCCAGGUAGACCAUGAGGAAUGGAGUAAAGCGAGCUCAAAUAGUGAGCAGGACAGUAGUCUUCUCCAACAAUACUUAAUGUCAGUUCAGCAGCUAGAAGAGGCUGAUGACAGGACAAGUUGCAGUGAUGGGACAGAAAGGAGUGGGCCACAGACAGCUGCAUCAGCAGAAAAACUGUAUUCUUUGUCUGAUGCUGUUUCUAUAAAUGUAUCUCAAGACGUACCUUCACCUGAACAAAAUGAAAUUAAACAGACACCAGAAAGUUGCAAAUUGAAUUCAGGAGUAGUGGAGGGGAAGCAAACAGAAUGUGAUGCUUCAUUUCAGGUGUUGCAUGUUGGCAUAGCUGUGUAAUAGGCUUAGCUCCAUGGAAAAUUAGAGAAUACAGUUAACUUUUAUUUUUGCCAUUUAUACAGAAUUUGUAUUCUUUUCAUAUAUUCUAUUCUGGAUUCCUAGACCUAUGUUACCAGAAAGACUUAACUUUUAAUAGCAUCUUGCUAAAUCUUCUAAUUGAAUGUUGAUGCUAACUAUGCUAAACUGAAAUGAGCAAAGUUCUCUUUGGUGGACAUUACGCACUUUAUUUCUUAAUGACUCUUGUAUCUUAACUGGUUUUCAUAAAAUAUAAUUCAAAGGA